AUGUCGAGAAUUUCCGAUAGAUACGGCUCCGAAGUCCAGAAGCUCUCAGCUGAGACCCCUAUUGAGGAUAUCAUUUACCUUUUGAAGCGCGAUGGCGGUGUAUUUGUUAAGGGGCUUGUGGCCGUUGAGGACGUCGACCAAUCUUACGAAGAGUGUCGUGAGCGCCUCGAAAGCGACGUUGAGUGGAAUGGGUCAUUCUUUCCAAGCUACUAG